GCAGUGGCUGUAGCAGCAGCUGUGGGAAUAGGGGCAGUGGAUUGCAGUAGCAUUCGCAUCAGCCACAUUCGCAGCGGUGGGGCAGCGGUGCUGAGGCCUCCAUCGAUGGAUUUCGAGACCAGCAGGACAGCAUCGCUAGCUAACUGCCUAUCCGGCCGGCCAGCACACCGCAGCUCGCUUGCACCCACCGCGUGCGCGCUCCUGGGCAGACCGUGGGCGGCCGUGUGCGGUGGCGGCGGCGGCGGCGGCGGCGGCCCUCAGCCACCAGCUGUAGUAUGCUGUAGCUUAGCGGCGGCGGCUGCAUGGCGUCCAAGCUGCACUGCAGCAAGCGGCCGCGCUGCUAGCUUCACACUGCGUGCGGCCGCGGUGGCGGCGGCAGUGGCGGUGGCUGGGGCGGCGGCGCUUGCAGCAAGGGCUGCCGGCACCCCAGCGAAGGCGGUGUGUAUGUGUCGCUCCCAAGCAGAGCAGGCCUAGCGACCCUUACCACACCAGCAGUGGCAGCAGCAGCAACAGCCGGCGGCAGCUAGCAGCAGGUUAUGGGGCCACGGGGGCUCGUGGCCAGCAGAGCAAGCAUGCCACAGGCAUACACGCCUGCCGCCACUUCGCGCGUGUGCGGCAGCGUGCGUGGUGGUACUGCCGGCGGGGCGUAAACACACGUGUGUGCGCGGCUGCGCGGUGGUGCUGCCGGCGGCAAGGGCGGAGGUUUUGUCCAGGCCGCAGCUUCAUUCAGCAGCAGGCCGUGGCUCUGUUCAGCUGAGCCUGCAGGCCGCGGCUUUGUCCAGGCCGCGGCUUUGUCCAGGCAGCGGUGGCUUCAGGCCGUGCGCCACAGCUCCACAGCUAGCUCCUCGGCAGCGGUGGCGGCCGUGGCGCCGAUACGUGAUGGUGUCGACGGUGGCGGCGGUGGCGGUGCUGCCGCUACUCCUCUGUGUGCGUGUAUGAGACCUACCCCUAUAAACCACGGGCUGCACACAAGCAGGCUCAUCAUCACCGCGAUGCGUGUGUCGCCGCAAAUCAUCCAUCGUGGUGUCUCCCUCGGCCAUGGCGCGUCAUUAGCGAUGGGAUGCAGCAGCCUGUGUCGCAUAGCGCGUGUGUACGCAUGCCGGUAGCUAAUCAUAGGUUGCCGCCAUGCAUAGGGACAUACAACACGUUAGCAAAUAUGCAUUCAGCACAUGGGAUACACUAAAUGCAGUACUCAACCAAAGCGGCAGCAGUGGCGGAGGCUGGCUGUUAGCAGCUAGCAUCAAAGCACUGUUGCAGAGGUGGAGGUAGUUGCUGAGGACACAGUUCAGUAUGUGUGGCAAGGAACUGGUGAAGCGGUAUGCAAAUGGCACGGAGCGCUGCAGGGCAGUGCAGUGGGAUUUGGUUAACACCUUACGUACGUGGACAUCGUUGACGCACUUUCUCGAACCAGUAUGCGUGUGGGUGUCGGGAUAGGCACAGGGGGAGCCGCGGACGUCACGUUUGGAGGGAAUUGCCAGCGUGUUCCCAUCCCGCUGCCUGGUUGGCUAUGGGUUGGCACGCACGCUGCACGGGGUAGCAGUGAAGCCCACGUACCGUGGGGCUUAUCAUGAUGCACAACUUGGGGAAGUCCCUCCACUUGGCACGACACACAAGCAAUUCAGCACGCCGGGUGGGCCCUGCACAUACACAGAUGGCUGCUUGCCACAUUUAUUACCUACAGCGUGAACCAUCCCUCCCAGCCCAUGCACACACAGCCACACAUGCCAUUGGUACUCGCGCUCACUGCAGCUACCCAAGAGCACUGUAACGACGGGAAACU